UCUAGUUCUGCCAACUAACAAUUCUCUGCAAAUGGUUAAUGAGCAAAAAUCUCAGUCUAGAGCCAAGAUGAGGUUGGAAGAAUAUAAACAGAUUUGAGUUCCUGGAGCCCAAGUCACCUGCUUUUAAACCUGUCGUCAGGUCCUGAGCCCAUCAGAAGGGGAGGUUCAUCAAGCUCGACCCUGAGAAGGUCCGUGGCAGCAGUGGAGAGAGGAGCUGUCCUGCUAUGACUGCGAACCUCCGGCCCUCGGCGUCUACCCCUCACCUGGAGAGCAGAGGCAGUCUUAUUUCCGCUCGGAAUGAAAACUGCUUUCUAGUCAGGCACACUCCCCAUCCCAGAAGAGUAUGCCACAUCAAAGGUUUGAAUAACAUUCCAAUCUGUACUGUGAAUGAUGAUGAUGAGAGUGUGUUCAGAACACUAAACGAGACACCGAUCUCUAAAUGCACCCCGGAGGAGUGUCCAAGAAAUAGGAGUGCCCAGAGUCCUGUCCACAGAAUGACACCCACCCCACAGUGUGUCAGACUGCCCCCACGGCCUCAUUCCGAGCCUUGUAGAAAAACCCACGAGUGCUUCAGGACUUCCAGUGAGAAUCCCUUAGUAAUUAAAAAGGGAGAAACUAAGGCCAAAAAGCCACCAUCACCUUCAAAGGCAUCCUCUACUGCUGGAUCUUGCUUUUCAGAGGUUCCGAGAACCAAAGCUCACGCCAAACAGAACACUGUUUGCAUACCAAACUAUCUGGACCAGGAGAUAAAAAUCUUGGCAAAGCUCUGCGAAAUUUUACAUACUGAUUCUCUAGGAGAAGUUCUACAGUGGCUGCUCCAUGCAAGUACAAAAGAAAAAGAGUGGGUCUCUGCUCUGGUUCACUCUGAGCUGGCUGAGAUAAACUUCUUGAUCGAUGGUUGCAGAAGAAGUGCCUCUGCAGAACCAGUAGAUCGGAGGAAGUCACCCACAGUUGCUAAAUCAACUCCCAGUGUCAAAUCAUCAAAAAAUUCACCUGCAAAACCCAAAAUGCCCAUGGGAGUUGAGGAACGCCACCAAGCACCUAGAGUGUCAAGUCAAAGAUCUGAAGAAAAUAAGGAAGUUCUGAAAGGAACUGAGCAAAAGCAGCCAUUAUUUUUAAGAAGAAACACGAUGAAAAUCCCUGUUAAAGAAUAUUUCAACCAAUCAAAUUCUCCUCUCCCAUCCAAUACUCAGGAAAGCCGAACAGGAAAAGCAAGGAGUACACAGCAAGAGAACGAUUUAUGUUCUCAGAGAGGUUUUUAUCCUUUUGUAAGCCAGAGGUAGAACGUGUACACUAGGCUAACAUUUUCACAAUAUGACUUUGACACUGUUUGCAACUUCAGGUUUAUUUUUGAAAAAUUCAAAUGGUCUGGUCCUCUUUAUGGUGGCACAUGUAAAGUUCAAAACACCUGAGCAUAAUGCUACAAAUAAACAUAAAAGGAGAAAAACUGCUAUUUGUCAUCAAUUUUAAUAGUAUAUAUGUGUAAGAGAAAUAGGUUUAUUUAAAUACUGU